CUAUUAAUCACCCUUCUUCCUCACUUCUCCGUCACCGAGAACCACAAUCAGCCUUCAGGGCUUAAACCACCGGCACCUCUCAACCCAUAUGCGUCUCUACGGCGCCAAAUUCCCAUGCCGACUGCAUCAUCACCGGACCUUCAUCGCCGCCAAGGUCAAAUGGGUCCGCGACCCAUAUCUAGACAAAGCAGUGUCCAAGGAAAAAGACCUUAAACAAGCCAUUUCUGUCAAGAAUGAAAUCCUCACCUCUCCAUCUAAAUCUCUUCCUCUUUCCUCUCUGUCCCUCCUCAAACCCCUCUUAAACCUCCCCACCACAGCCCUGAAGUUAUUCCAAAAAUACCCAACUCUUUUUACCCAGUUCCAGCCCUCUGCUUCCCUGCCUCUCCACGUCAAGCUCACCCCUCAUGCUCUCUCAAUCCACAAGGAAGAACAAGAGAUCCAUAAUUCCUCAACUCAUAGAGAUGAUGCAGUUAAAAGGCUAGCUAAGCUUUUAAUGCUCACCAGGGCAACCAGAUUGCCUUUGCAUAUUAUUGAUAGGCUGAAGUUUGAUCUGGGAUUGCCACAUAAUUAUAUCACUGCCCUUUUAUCAGAUUAUCCUGAAUAUUUUCAGGUUUGUGAGGCUCAAGAUUGUUUUAGUGAUAAAGAAACGCUUCAUCUUGAGCUGGUGUGUUGGAGAGAUGAAUUAGCUGUGUCUGAAAUGGAGAAAAGAGUGGCUCAUGGAGAUGUGGAAAAUGUCAAGAAAGGAGAGCGUAUUGGGUUCUCUUUAAGUUACCCAAAUGGGUUUGAUUUGAAGAAGAAGGUUAAAGAUUGGGUUUUUGAAUGGCAAGGUUUGCCAUAUAUAUCACCAUAUGAAAAUGCCUUUCAUUUAAACCCGAAUGGGGAUCAAGCUGAGAAGUGGGUUGUGGCUGUGCUACAUGAGCUUCUAUGGUUGUUAGUGUCGAAGAAGACAGAGAAGGAGAAUGUGUUAAUUUUGGGAGAUUAUUUCGGGUUUGGUAAUAGGUUUAAGAAUGCUUUGGUGCAUCAUCCUGGAAUGUUUUAUGUUUCUAAUAAGAUUAGGACCCAAACUGUAGUGCUCAGGGAGGCAUAUAGGAAGGAUUUCUUGGUAAUAAAACAUCCAUUGAUGGGUAUGAGGUUUAGGUAUAUUCAUCUUAUGAAUAAAGCUAAUGAAAAGCAAAGAAAAGCAGCUGGUGGAGCUUUAGGUUCUUGGUCAAGAAGGCGGGUGGCCUCAUCCAUCAAUAGAGGGAAAGUAAGAACGAUAAGAGAUAAGAGUUGGAAGGGAGAGGAAGAUAAAUCAAACGGCUCUUCUGAUUCUGAGUUUGAGGAUUUUGACUAUUCAGAGUCUGAAGUUGAGGAUGGCAAUGAUGAGGUAAGGAAAUUGGAUUUGUGAACUGAUAUGAUGAUAAUUGGUGACUUGUGAACAAGGAAGCUAGAGCUUUGGAGUUAUGCUCAAAAGGGCUCAAUUGGAAGAUACAAUCAGUUGGACAAAACUCUUUGAAGAUAAGAAAUUAAGAGAAUAUAGAAGAAGAUUUACCAGAAGAUCCAAUAAAAAAGCACAUAUUGCUAAUUGAAAUAUGCAGUGAAGGGAUCAGGUUCUCUGUUUACAGCUUCUUGGAUGCAUGGAGAUUGGUCUCAUAUGUGGCCCAAUUGUUAAUUGGCUCAGAAACUACGAAGUGGAAAAAGAACUCUCUCUAGUUGUCUCAAACAAAACUCUCUCUGUUUCUCUUCUUUUUUCCCGGGGCAAACCUCAGUCUCCCCUGCCCAGCUUUUCUCCUCUUCCCUAGAGUGCAUGUCCUUCCCUCCUCACUUCUGGGAGAGGCUCUGUAUAUUAUGAUCUUGCAUGCUUAAUGGUGAGUGUUUUUAGAGGUCUUGCCAUGUUUGGAUAAUAACAUUUAGGUAAAGGGCUUUCUUUUAAAGAUGAUGGGUACCUCUUGGGGUCAUGAACCAGGCUUGCAUGACUUUAAUGGUGACCCUCAAAGGUCAAAGUUCUUUGAAGCCAAACCCACCCUCUACUCCACUCCAGUUGCUGCGGUUUUGUUGCUGACAAGUGACACCUCAAGGGAUGCUUCAGUGCUUUUUCCACAGUUGGGGACCUCUUGGGGCUUCAUUCUGGUGGUUUACCUGUAGUAGAGGAGGUCUUCCCACUUUUAUGCUCUGACAUUCUUCACUUGGCAGCUGAUAGCUUCGUGGUCUGGCGAUGCUGCUACAUUGCAAUUCUUGCUUGUGCUGGAUUUCUCUUGGCAUUGGGGUCAAGUUUGACUUGAUUAACCUAGGGUCGUUGAGUUGUGGAGGCUUAGAUUUAGGCUGUGUUCUCUGGGCUUUUACUUUGGGUUCUUUUGCUUGGGGCUUGCUCUUGUUCUGGUUCUUUGUCUGGGCUUCUUUUGCUGGGACUUUCGUUAGGAUUCUUUAUUUUGGGCCAUUAAUGAAAUCUACCAUUAAAUUUCUGAUA